CAAUCUUCAAAUACCAGUCUUCUCACCCACCAGUCUUCUCACCCACCAGUCUUCUCCCCCACCUGUCUUCUCAUGCGCCAGUCUACCCCAAGCUCCACAACAUGGAUCGCCAGUCUGCUCGCCUGCAUACAGGAUCAAGGCUUUCGCCCACAGCCCGGAUGGCCUUGAACAAUGCCACACGCUGGGCUCAGGCAGCCCCCCCAAGACUCCCAUCAAUCCCCGAAUGGGGCACUCCCGAGGACGACCCGCGGUUGCCCCGGUGGGGGUGGCAGUUACCGCUUACACCAUUCCCAUCUCCAGCACUGCGGCCGACAGUUCCAUCGCGGCCGACAGUCCCAUCGCGGCCGACGACCCCAUCGCCGGACGGAUGGGGCCUCGGGGACCUCGCGGCCUCACCAAUGCCAGCACCGCCCCGCCUCAGCGCAGAGCCAACCCCAGGGUCUCUGUCGGUCCCACAGCUCCCGCCGCACACCGUCAUACCAGGGUUCAGGCACAUAGCGGACGAGCCCGAGCCCGAGCCCGAGCCAGAACGACACGCCACGCAGCAGCCCGAGGCCGCGGCGCAGCCACACGCGGGCGCCACGAAGCGAGCCACGCCAGCCGGGCGCCAAAGAAGGGCGAGGAAAAAAGUCUCGCGUCUAGAGGAGCCGGGGCCGCAGCCCGAGCCCGGGUCAGAGCCCGAGCCGUCCAACGCUACUGCUGCUGCCGCCCGCGCGCCCGCUCGUGCCGGUCUCACUCGUCGUGGCGGCGGCCGCAUGCACCGCUGA